AUGUCAAUUCCCAACUUGUUCCCAACUACAACCAUUGCGAUUGACGCUUCUCCAAAUUUUUUCGACUGUAAACCAAUUUUCCAAUACCUGGUCGUUCUUUUGUUAGGGCAUGCGGUUAGCCAUGAGGCUGGCAUGGCCACUGCGCAUCGCGACGAGCCACUCUCCAAACGUAUAUAUAUGUCCGGGCUUCUUAUCAGGAUAAGGCUACGCCUUGGCCUCAAGGACGCCACUGGCUUAAAGGAGGUUUCGCCACUUUCUCUCGUCCAGCACCUACCGUCCCCAAUAUUAGCCCCCGAGAUAUAUAGAGCAAUCGUCGACGCUCUUGAUCCUCAAGUUGACUUGGACACCCUCCUCACACUUGCUCCCGUGUCAAAGGCCUUUUAUUCGGAAGCAAUCCGGGCCAUCUAUUUCGAUGUUGGCGGCGACAUCUCCAUGUCCACAAAGCGUCACAUCGGUUUCUUAAAGAGCGCAGGCGAGAGUCCAAAGCUCGCGCGUCUCGUCAAACGAUACCAGUUCUCAAUGUAUGAGAGUGACAGAGGCAUGGCCUCCACGGUUUUAAACCUCCUCCAGAGAACCCUUCCUAGAUUGAUCAACCUGAUCCAUUUCUCCUUCACCGGCAAUGGGGUAACCCCCGCGGGGCGGAUUCUCCCGUUCUCCAACUACCACAUGAAGAGCUUCUACUGGCGAGGCGUUCCAGCCGACGAGAAGGAAGUGUCAGCGUUCCUCCUCUGUCAAGAGUCCAUAACCAAGGUCGACACAACAUGGCACGAUACACCACUCCACGAGAACGCGCUCCCAUACCUUGAGCAGCUUCGGGGGCCGGUGACCACCGUUAUUGCCUUCCUCCGCCCCAGGGGCAAGGUCAGGGUGUUGCAUUGGAUACCUGGCACGGAGGACCAUCGCAUUAUUCUGGCUUUGAUUCGAACCACGCUUCCUGCGUUCUCGUCCAUCCGAAUACUCUCUUUUGGGGGUGACGCCGUUGAUAUCUUGUUGUCUGGGAUGAUGAAAUACCUUCAGUCGGUGGAAAUUCUGGAAUUGAUCAGCGCCAAGGGUCUCGACCUUCCAGGUGACGCCUGGCGGAUUCCAAAUCUCAGCGUACUUGUUCUUUCCAAAAUGCGUGGUUGUAUCUGUUCGGUGGUGGGUACCAACCACUUGCAAAUGGCCAAGACGAUGUUUGAGAAGAACCGUAUUUUGGAUCGAAUCGACAUCGUGUUAUUUCCGACAACGUCCGUCCGCAUCAAGGUAUCUAUCUAUCAAUGA